GUGGCCCAGUCCCAGUACCCUGGCAGAUAUCUAAUUAGACCUGCGCCAGUAUUGGACUGCGUUCGCGCAUCGUUAACUGCUUCUAGCGUUCAUAUACGUUACGUAUCCACCGGGAUUCGGGAUCGAUAACUUAGUUGACAUUCGUGCAGAAGACACAAUAAACCGAGAUUCCGGUAAUUUAUUACCGAAUUAUUAUUGUUUCAUUAUCUACAACUUUACUAGGAGGCAUGUCUUACGGUUCAAACUAGUCAGCACUUGGUGAAUCGACCCUUUAGCAGCGUCGUGCGGAGAGGUAUUCACUCAAUGCUGAAAUUUCGACUCGUCUCCACACAUUUUUUGAAACAGCCAUAGAUUGCGAUGUGUCGUGAUAGAGAUAUGAACCCUUUUGUGUUCGGCUUCAUAACCAUCUAAUUAACAAAGUCGUAGCUUAUAUCAUAUUCAUAAUAUUUCGUAAUUGCUUAGGUGUACUACACGUAGGAGGUGCUUAUAAAUUCAUUGUUACUACCUUGACUUGUGCAGCUAGACCCUUCAAAACAGUUCGAAGAAUGAAAGGUCCGGCCCGAAAAGAAGAAAUCGCUACGAAAUUGCAUGAAGGAAAAUCAGGAAAGCAGAAAAGAGGAAGCACCAUCAUACCGAAAGCCCAAUCAAUACCAUCAACUUAUGAUGAGGCGAAAGCUAGUUGUAAGGCGAGAAAGAGGAAAGAACGGCAAGAAAGCAUCAGUUCUCUCUGUCAGGAAAGAAAAGUAAUCAGAUCGAAUUCUGAAGAGAGACCUGCCCAAAAGAAAUACGUCGAGAAACAAAGCGGCAUAAGGAGGGUAUCUAGCAGUGAAGAUUUUCAAAGCCAAAGAUCAAAUUCUUCGGAGAGAUUUACUGGAUUUUCUUGUAAAAAGGUUAAUGAUAAAUCUUUGGCUUAUGAAGAUUAUGAACAUGAAAAAAGAAGGUCUCACGAAAGAUUUGCAAGACCUUUGACGCUUAAAGGAAAAAAGCAUCCCACUAAACGUCUCAAGGUAAAAUGUUUAUCGAGAAUAAAACACAAACCUGAAGCACCAAAUGAAACUAGAGACUAUUACAAAAAACUGAAUCUAGCUCAGGGCACACAGAUCACUGAAAAUGAGGACACCGGAACUGGAUUUCUUCAGUUACACAUCGAUGAAAGAGGAAGAUCCCCGAGUCCGACCCAAGAGCUUGUAUCCCCUGUCGUCGAUUGGUCCACUCUGCACGAACAAGUUGAUUGCUCAGAACCACUUUUAUCUCAAACUUCUAGACAUAGAAACGAAACUACAGAGACUAUACCCAUUGUCGCUUCAAAUCGACUCUUGUCUUCCCCUAGAAAUUCCAUUAUAGCUACGCAUAGGAUCUAUCUUGAUCCUGAUGUUCCGAAAGUCACUAGUAAUAUCGAAAAGAAACCCCAAAAUCCUAUAGAUGAGAGGUUGUAUAAGAUCGCAAAGCAAAUAAAUAGUAUUAAGAAGAAAAUUAAAAAGUUUGAGGCCGAAUUUGAAACUCAACACGGCUAUCGCCCAUCGCACGCUGAAAAAAUGAACGAUAAGAAUAUUAAAAAGUUACAUGCCGAUCUUAGUGCACUGAAAAGAGACCAAAGACAAAUAGCCGAAUUAGCAAAUGGUAGUUGUUUAAUAAAUACAGAAGAUAAUUUAGAUCGAAUAAAUGUAGUUAGUUUACAAGUAACCAUAAAUGAGAUAGAGAAGAAAUUAUCAGCCAAACGAGAAGCUGCUAACCGAACAGUAAAUAUAGAAGAAAUGUCUUCUGAGCAAUUAGUAGAAGAAAAAGUAGCAGUCCAAAGGGCGUUACUUUUUUUGGAAUCUAUUCACGGACGACCCAAUACCAAAGAAGAUCGUGAUGUUGUCAGACCGUUUUAUGAUAGAUAUCGCACUUUGAAGAGGAUGGUGGCUAAAUUAACAACAAUAAAUUUAAUCGGCAAUGAGCUAGCUACAAUCCACGAAGACGAAGCCAUGAACUUCGUAACUCCAACGUCGUCAUCGCAAUCAAAUGACACGGAAUCUGAAAAAACAACAGUAUUAGCUUCAACUAGUACCGAAAGUGACACUGACAGUUCUAUAGGUGACAAUCUACAUUCCAUGGAAAGAGCGGAGCUGAUCGAGCAAUUAAAGUCGGUAACAGAGGAAAAGAAGGAAUUGAAAAGGACGAUAAAGCAGUUUGAGUUCGACGUGCAACUGAAAACGGGAAAGAUGAUACAAAGGGAGGAUAAGGUUCCUAUGGAAAGUGUUUACGUAGCGUACAAAAAAGUUAAAGCUAAAGCCAGAUUGUUGGAAGCUCUUGUUGGAAAACUAAGUUAAAUUUAACUCUAAAAUAAGGAAAAUACAAUUUUCAUAUUUUUGAUCCUGCUUUAUUCUUUACUUUAAUUUUAUAUAUAUAUUAUAUAUGUACCUACCUGUAUGUGGCGUAUACAAAUAAAUAUAAUAAUGGU